AAUGUGCCCAUUUACUUUUGGCUCACAAUGCUCCAGUAAAGGUGAAAAAUGCUCAGGGAUGGAGCCCUCUGGCAGAAGCCAUCAGCUAUGGAGAUAGACAGAUGAUUACAGCUCUUUUAAGGAAGCUUAAGCAGCAGUCCAGGGAAAGUGUUGAAGAAAAACGACCUCGAUUAUUAAAAGCCCUGAAAGAGCUAGGUGACUUUUAUCUAGAACUUCAUUGGGAUUUUCAAAGCUGGGUGCCUUUACUUUCCCGAAUUCUGCCUUCUGAUGCAUGUAAAAUAUACAAACAAGGUAUCAAUAUCAGGCUUGACACAACUCUCAUAGACUUUACUGAUAUGAAGUGCCAACGAGGGGAUUUAAGCUUCAUUUUCAAUGGGGAUGCGACACCCUCUGAAUCUUUUGUAGUGUUAGACAAUGAACAAAAAGUUUAUCAGCGAAUACACCAUGAGGAAUCAGAGAUGGAAACAGAAGAAGAGGUUGACAUUUUAAUGAGCAGUGAUAUUUAUUCUGCAACUUUAUCAACCAAAUCAAUUUCUUUCACGCGUGCCCAAACAGGAUGGCUUUUUCGGGAAGAUAAAACAGAAAGGGUAGGAAACUUUUUGGCAGACUUUUAUCUGGUGAAUGGACUUGUUUUAGAAUCAAGGAAAAGAAGAGAACAUCUCAGUGAAGAGGAUAUUCUUCGAAAUAAGGCCAUCAUGGAGAGUUUGAGUAAAGGUGCAAACAUAAUGGAACAGAAUUUCGAGCCGGUUCGAAGACAGUCCCUUACCCCACCUCCUCAGAACACUAUUACAUGGGAAGAAUAUAUAUCUGCUGAAAAUGGAAAAGCUCCUCAUUUGGGUAGAGAACUGGUGUGUAAAGAGAGUAAGAAAACCUUUAAAGCCACGAUAGCCAUGAGUCAGGAAUUUCCCUUAGGGAUUGAGUCAUUAUUGAAUGUUUUAGAAGUAAUAGCUCCGUUUAAGCACUUUAACAAGCUUAGAGAAUUUGUUCAGAUGAAGCUUCCUCCAGGCUUUCCUGUUAAAUUAGAUAUACCUGUGUUUCCCACGAUCACAGCCACUGUGACUUUUCAGGAGUUUCGAUAUGAUGAGUUUGAUGGCUCCAUCUUUACUAUACCUGAUGACUACAAGGAAGACCCAAGCCGUUUUCCUGAUCUUUAACUGACAUGGAAAAUGAUGUCAUCUAACCAAGGAAAGAGAAUACAGAGACCCCAGAAGUGAAUCCAAAUAGAAGGGACAAAUGCUUUCAGUGAAGAAAAGGGAAUUACUCAUUGAAUUGACACAUCAGUAAUAUGAUAUAAUGAAAUGGGCCUCUAAUGAGAAUUUCAGCAAUUCAUCAAUUCCUGAUGUGCCAUUUUCAGUCUUUUUAAAAAUAUACAUAUUACAAGCAUAAUAGUUUCACACAUUAAUAAUCCUAAGACCUUCGUAUGUAAAGCAGCUAUGAGUGCUGUGAUUUGUUUUUAAAAAUUUUUACACUUCUUGUUGAAAUAUAUAUGCAUAUAAAUAUAUCUAUAUCUAUAAAUCUAUAUCUAAAACUCUCCUGGACCAUUAACGUAAAUUAAAUGUCUUAAGAGAUAUAAAACCCUUUUUAAACUUGUCAUCUUAUAUUCAAGGUGACAUUUAGAAGUAUUCCUUGAAGCUUUGUUUUCAUAAAAUGUAAACUAUGUAACAUUAUGUAUAGGUCAGUAAUUUGAAUGUUUGUUCAAUAUAAUGAACUAGAAGGAACGCAAUUUUCUGUAGAUGAAUGAACCAAAUGGUAACCAUUAAACAAUUGCAUUUAUAUGUUGCAAUACAUUUCAGAAGGAGCGUUCACUCUGCAGGGAAUAAGGUACCUCCUUUAGCACCUUAGUGCAAUUCAUUGUGGUGCUAUUUGUUUUUACCUAAAUUCUUUCUUCAGUGGAAAAUGUUUGUUACUAAUCUUCCUUUCAUAGAACCUUUAUUUUAUUUUUUUCUCCUAAACUUUAGUUUAAGAAUCAUUGUUAUGUUCAUGAUAAAGGUAUGGUUAGCAUGCUUAAAGAUAUUUCUCUUCCAAAUUUCAGCACUUUAAAAAAUAUUCCAAAUUUUUAAACUUGCUUCCUAAUAAGUGCACAUCAGUUUGAUUAUUUUGUUUGUUCUUAGUGGAAUAUGGAUGCAUUAGUGUCACUUUUAAAAAACAAUUCAUGUAUUUUGGACAACCCUACGUGUUUAAUGCUUUCAAAAUAAGGUAAAAAUAUUUUAUAUGCUAACAGAAUAUAUUUGUUACAAGUUUAAGACCAGGAGCAAGAUCGACAGUUCCUAUUUUUUUUAAGUCACAGGAAAAUAUUUAUUGAUUUUAAUUGUCUCCAAAGUGUUAAAAUCAUGCAUUACUCAUUUCUGCACUUGAAAUUUUUCAUAUUUAUUCCAAGAUGGUUUGAAGGUCCAAGAAUGAAAAUAAAUGAGGGAGAAUAAUGUAUAACAGUCAUAAAGUGUCAUGUUCUAUUAAAGAGCUUAGCUAAAUGUGUUUUAAAUAUAUCCUGAUGAAGGUGUCAAGAAUGCAUCUGUCAAGUAUUUUAGAGUGACUGGUAGUUUAAACUUUUCCCAGGAUUUUAGAUAAUUAGAAAUGAGUUUUAGAGACCUUUAUUGACGAGAUGAUUUAUUUAAAAACCCAAAGCAGUCAACCAUAAGAAAAAUUUUAUAACAUCUUUAAAGCUGCAUCUUCCAUACUGAUACAUACAUUGCAUAUGUUGACAUUUUGUUAAGUACAUUUUAUAAUGAAGAAAAAUAAUCAUAGUUAAAAAUUCAAAGACCUAAUUACUACCUUAUGUGGGUCUUUUGAAUUUUGAGGAGAGUUGAUAAACCCAGACUAGCCUUGUUGAAUAGAAGUUGUUCCCUGUUAUUUAGGGAAUGGUUGUAGAUCAUGUGACUUAGAGACUGAAUUAUGCUGUCAGUGGUCGUAGGAGGUUUGAGACACUGAAAGGCUGUGAUCAUUGUUGCUUGUAAGUGCCCUUUGUAGGAAUAUGGUAUACUUUGAAGAAUAUACUGCAGAUUUUUUCACAAUUGCAGACACCUUAGAGAGGAAAAAACAUGGUAAAUUGCAGCUUGGGAUUUAUCAGUUUCCCAACAGCUGUGAAUAUUUUGCAGGUGUACACUGGAGGUAGAAAGACUACUGAAAACUUUUGCACUUGGAUCUUGUUUUUAAGAUUUAUCUUUUUCUUUAAAGAAUAGUAGGAACAGAUUAUCCAUUCCAAAAUGUCUUUUCUCUGAUCACAAAUAAGAAAUAUUGGUAUCUUUUAUGAUGGUGGAAAAAAGGAGUUAAUGCAAAUAAAAUUUUCACAAUAUUAGAUUUUUCA